AAAAUAUAUAAUGUUAAAGUUUUUAUGCAUUAUGUAACUAGCAAAUUUAAGUAAGAAAAUGAAGUGUUCGUAUCCACCAUAAUAAAAUAAGUUGAACUAAUUUGUACACAUUAAUAAACAUACGAAGUACAAUAACAAUAGUCUUUUCAUCUCCUAAAAAAUAACUUAAACUAAUAUGUCAUUUCAUAUCUCACAAUAUUCAUAUACCUAACUAAAUUCCUUCAUCUUCUUCCACAAUCCACCUUCACUCUCUCUUUCUUUUAAGUUUUAGCACUGAACUUUAUUCACCUCAAUGGUCAUGAAACAAUUAUUUCGUAUUUUACAUCAAAAGUUUUAACUAUUGGAAAGCAUACCUACACAUAAAAAUUACCUAAGUAACAACCCGUACAUCAAACGGGCCAAAAGGCUAGAGACCUAUUCGAUAAUUAAAAUAAAAAAUAAAAUAAAUACUCGUAUUAAUGUAUUAUCAAUAUCAUGGGCAUGCCCAGCAAGCCCAUAAAUAGCAGCUCAUUCAAAAGUUAACUUUAUAAUCCGCGGUCUUAAAUAUGGCUACGCGUACUUUAUGGGGAGUUGCGGCCAAAUUUAUGGCGGUCGGCACCGCCGUCGCCGGUGGAACUGCCGGCGCCACCAUUUUAACUUCCGACGAUCCUCCGGCAACGUUUAAACUGUGGACCAAUGUCCCUGUACGCCUCUUUCGCGACGCUUUCACCGCCGCUAGUAUCGCCUUCGAUUAUGAAUAUUCUCUGCUGGGAUUACCAGAAGGGAGCACUGAGUAUUCAAAAAUGAAACAUGAAGUUCAUAUUAGAAGUGCUCUUAAGCUCCAAGAUCUAUGCUUCAGAAAUGGAGGAAUAUAUAUUAAGCUUGGUCAACAUAUUGGUCAAUUGGAAUAUCUAGUUCCGGAAGAGUAUGUAAAAACAAUGAGGGAGUCUAUGCUGAAUAAAUGUCCGGUUUCAUCAUAUGAUCAAGUGUGUGAUGUUAUAAAGAAGGAGCUUGGAGGGAUGCCAAAUGAAAUUUUUGCCAAAUUUGAUCCUGCUCCCAUAGCAAGCGCUUCCCUUGCACAAGUUCAUGUUGCACAGCUGCAUAAUGGCCAAGAAGUCGCUGUGAAGGUACAGCAUGCUCACAUGACUGAUACUGCGGCUGCAGAUUAUGCAACAGUGGAGCUGAUUGUAAACACUCUUCAUCGGUUGUUUCCUAAUUUUGAUUAUAGGUGGUUGGUCGCUGAAGUUCGAGAAAGCUUGCCUAAGGAACUAGACUUCUUGGUGGAGGCACAGAACAGUCAAAAAUGUUUGCAUAAUUUUCAGAAACUAUCACCACAUAUAUCAGACAGUAUAUAUGUUCCAUUGGUCUACUGGAACAUGAGUACCAAAAAAUUGCUAACUAUGGAGUAUAUAGAUGGUGUUCAAAUUGAUGAUGUGAAGGGCAUUCGGAAAAUGGGAAUUCUACCGUACGAUGUUUCCAGACUGAUUAGCGAGGCUUUUGCAGAGAUGAUUUACAAACAUGGAUUUGUGCACUGUGAUCCACAUGCAGCCAACUUGAUAGUUCGCCCAUUGCCUUCAGGCAAAAGAAAUAUAUUAGGCAAGAGAAAACCACAGUUGGUACUUUUGGACCAUGGUCUAUAUAAAGAACUUGACUUUGAUACCAGAGUAAACUAUGCUGCAUUGUGGAAGGGGUUGGUGUUUUCUGAUGAAAAGGCUAUAAGAGAAAAUAGUGCAAAGCUGGGUGCUGGGGAUGACCUCUAUGCACUAUUUGCCGGUAUUCUGACAAUGAGGCCUUGGAAUAGGGUCAUUGAUACCUCAGUUGAUCAUUUGAUGAUACAGGGGACAGAGAAUGAUCGAUCGGAACUCCAGAUGUAUGCAUCCCAAUACUUCCCUCAGAUCUCAGAACUUUUGAGGAGGCUGCCUCGUGUGAUUUUGUUGAUGCUGAAGACCAAUGACUGCUUACGAUCAGUCAACAAUGUUUUGCUGCAAGGAUCAUCUUUGGAUACAUUCUUGAUCAUUGGUCGGGUUUCUUCUGAAGCAGUCAUUCAGGCAAAGUUGAUGAAAAAGAAAUCUUUGAUAACAUGGCUAAUUGUCUGGCUGGAAGGGAUUAUUUUAAGAGCUCGACUUUUGGGAAUGCACUUUGGUAUAUGGUUGUUGCACUUCCAGAACAUUUUGCUGUACAGAAAAUCUCUGGGCUGCUGAAUGCUGGUUUCCACGGCUAAAAUUGCAGGCUGCAGGCGUUCACUUUUUGUUUCAGUUACACAAGCAUAUUAUAUUGGCCUAAGCCAACUGAUUAUAACCAUUGUUUAGAAUUACAGUGAAUAUUAUUGAAUUGCAUAUAACAUUCAUUAUUCAAUUAAUUCAACAUUUGAACGAACCUCGAUAGGCAGAAAGAGGGGUUCUUACAUUGUAAUUGACUAAUGACAAGCAUAGAUAUAAAUAAUGCAUUGCUGCUGCUGUUGCAGUACAGCAUUGAACCUUCUUUGUUGCCUCCAGUUCUACUUUGUUUCAUACUUUUGUGAACCAGCUAUUUGAUUUAACUUAAAAUGAGUU